AUGGAUUGCAUUGAAGACACUCCACUCUCCAUCGGAAGGUUUGCCCUUGAGAAUGCCUAUAUGGCUGGCCGCUGUAACAGCUGGAGUUCAAAUGGCAAUCUCCGUGAUCAUGACGCUAUGAAUGAAAUGAAAAGUAAUAAUACAAAUGAGUUAGCCCUUACUGGCAAAUCCGAGAGUUUAGAGUCCCUGGAGUGUUCAUCUGGCAGUGAUGAGCUUUCCUCUGGAUAUACCUCCACCAUUGAUGGUCUGGCUUUAGAUGUUCCAGAAGAACAUGUACAAGAAGCUCUUGAACAUCUUAACCAAUCAAUUGAAGCUUUUAAUACAGGAUUACAGAUGAUUCCUUGUUCCAAAGAUAACCCAGAACCAGAAGGAACCAGCACCCCUAAAGAGCCAGGGAAUUCUCUGGCAGCUGGAAUCAGCCUCAAUCCUGCAAAUUUGCCUUUGUGUAGUAAAGUGGUCUCUAGAAGGCAAAAGGCAUACAAUACCUUAGAUGCCACACCCAGACAUGAGUUCUAUGCUAAUUCAGUAGCACCUGGAAGACUGAGGAGAAGCCGUCCAUCUUUGGAUAUUCUAAGAAAUGCCAUAAUAGAUGAGCAGAUAAUGUAUCCAAUCCCUCUUGAUCAAGAUUUAGAAAACGGUGACAAAGACAAGAAUGACCAAAAAGAGGAGCCAAAUGAAAAGAAAAACAGAUUCCCAUUUUUUUCUAUGGCUAGGAAGAAAAAAGAACCCCAAGGUCCCGUUCGGUUUGGCUGGAUAAAAGGUGUCAUGAUCCGAUGUAUGUUAAAUAUUUGGGGAGUCAUCUUAUACUUGCGGUUACCAUGGAUCACAGCCCAGGCUGGAAUAGGACUCACUUGGGUGAUUAUUUUGUUGUCUGUGCUGGUGACAUCUAUCACAGGCUUGUCCAUUUCGGCCAUUUCCACAAAUGGAAAAGUACAGUCAGGUGGAACCUAUUUCCUCAUCUCUCGGAGCCUUGGCCCAGAACUAGGAGGCUCCAUUGGACUCAUCUUUGCCUUUGCUAAUGCGGUUGCUGUUGCCAUGCAUACAGUAGGAUUUUCAGAAACUGUUCGGGACCUCCUCAUAGAGUACAAUGCUGUAAUUAUUGACCCAGUCAAUGACAUCAGGAUCAUUGGAGUUAUAACUGUGACAGUUCUUCUCUUCAUAUCAUUAGCUGGAAUGGAAUGGGAGGCAAAGGCACAGGUAAUAUUCUUUAUCGUCAUCAUGAUAUCAUUUGUAAGCUAUCUGGUGGGCACAAUCAUACCUCCUAGUGAAGAAAAACAAUCCAAAGGUUUCUUCAGCUACCAAGGAUCAAUAUUCCUGGAAAACAUUGUUCCUAACUGGAGAGGGGAAACUGGAACAUUCUUUGGCAUGUUUUCCAUCUUCUUCCCAUCUGCUACCGGAAUCUUAGCUGGAGCCAAUAUCUCAGGAGACCUAAAGGACCCAGCAGUGGCCAUUCCCAAAGGAACACUAAUGGCCAUAUUCUGGACCACAAUCUCCUAUCUUGCUAUUUCGGCUACCAUAGGUUCUUGUGUCCUGCGUGAUGCCUCUGGCAAUCUGAAUGAUACCAUCCCAAUGAAUGAGACAGACUGUGAAGGACUAAGCUGCCAGUUUGGUUGGAAUUUUACCUCCUGUGAAGAGACAGAAAGCUGCUACUAUGGAAUGUCAAAUCACUAUCAGGCAAUGAGUAUGGUGUCAGCAUUCAGCCCAUUGAUCACAGCAGGGAUUUUUGCAGCCACUCUAUCCUCAGCUCUGGCUUGCCUGGUGUCAGCUCCUAAAGUCUUCCAGUGUCUCUGCAAAGACAGGCUGUACCCUGUAAUUGGAUUCUUUGGAAAAGGUUAUGGGAAGAACAAUGAACCUAUCCGUGGCUACAUUUUGGCUUUCAUCAUUGCCAUUGGGUUUGUCCUCAUUGCUGAGUUAAAUACCAUUGCUCCAAUCAUCUCAAACUUCUUCCUCUGCUCUUACGCACUCAUCAACUUUAGCUGUUUCCAUGCAUCCAUCACAAAUUCACCAGGAUGGCGUCCAUCUUUCCGAUAUUACAAUAAAUGGACAUCCCUUUUUGGUGCUAUAGUGUCAGUGAUUAUUAUGUUCCUUCUGACUUGGUGGGCUGCUCUCAUUGCAGUGGGUAUCAUUGUAAUACUUCUGGGAUAUGUUACCUACAAGAAGCCAGAUGUGAACUGGGGAUCCUCAGUACAGGCUGGAGCUUACAAUAUGGCACUGACCUACAGUGUAGGCCUCACAGCAGUGCAAGACCACGUCAAGAACUUUAGGCCACAAUGUCUUGUACUCACUGGACCUCCAAACUUCCGCCCUGCACUGGUUGACUUUUCCAGCUCUGUGACAAAGAACACAAGUUUAAUGAUCUGUGGCAAUGUUGCAACUGAAACCGAUAAAGUGCCAAACUCAGAGGGACAUCUGCGAUGGUUGAACGCCAGGAAAGUCAGAUCAUUCUACAGUGUAAUUUGUGAAAACACUUUUCGAAUUGGAGCCAAAAGUCUCAUGCAGGUUUCUGGUCUGGGUCGUUUAAAGCCAAACACUUUGGUGCUGGGUUAUAAGAGUAACUGGCAAACAGUGCCAGGGCAGUGCUUGGAGGAAUACGUUGGGGUCAUUCAUGAUGCAUUUGACUCUCAGUAUGGUGUAUGUGUUCUGCGCCUAAGGGAUGGGCUGGAUGUGUCAGAAAAAGUGCAGGGACAAUAUGAUAACAUGGCUUUCCAGGACUCAGAUAAUGAGGUAGCAUCUGAUAAGGAAGCAGAAAAAGAACCCCCUUGCAUAGUGUCAGAGAACUUGAAUCAAACAAAUACAGAAUUCCAGGGUCGUAAGGGAAAGAAAAGCAUCCACAUAUACUGGCUGUAUGAUGAUGGAGGUCUCACCCUGCUUAUCCCAUACUUGCUGACUCGCAGAAAGCGUUGGGGCCAGUGUAAAGUACGAGUCUACAUCAGAGGAACCCAGGUGAAUGCAGAAGAAGAAAGAAAAGAAAUGCAGACUCUACUAAACAAGUUCAGGCUGGGAUUCCAUGAUGUUAUUGUGCUGACCGACAUAGACCAAAAACCACAUCCCAAAAACAUGCAGUUGUUUGAAGAGCUAGUUGCUCCAUACUGUAUUGAGGAGCAGAGAGUGGAGGACUUGCAGAUACCACAAUGGGGAAUACGUAAAACGGACCUUGAACACUUUGCAACUAAGUCUGAACGAUAUGUGAAAGUAAAUGAGAUCCUCCAGGAGAACUCCCAAGAUGCUGCUCUUAUUGCAAUAAGUCUUCCAAUUGCAAGCAAAAUGGCUUGUCCGAGUUCCCUAUAUAUGGCAUGGCUAGAGAUGUUAUCUCGUGACAUAAGCCCUCCGGUUGUCUUCAUCCGUGGUAAUCAGCAGGACUCGCUCACAAUAUACUGCCAGUGAGCCAGAUGCUAUCACAGAGUAAUGUAACGGUCCCUAAAUGGCUAGCAUUCGCG